AUGACAGCUGGUCAAACAUCUUUUUUUCCCGACGAGUCGACCUUGAGAAAAAGACGUCCGUCAAUGCAACAGAAAUUGGAAGAAGCAAUAUCAAACGUUUGGGACUCACUCACCGCUAUUGAAAUAAAGAAUUAUUUUACUCAUUAUCUAAAUCGAUUAGAUGUGUGCACUAGAAACGGAGAGGCUUGGCUGGUUCGAUCGGACUUGAAUCCAAAUGUACUAGCAGAUUGGAAUGCUUUAGAUGCAACACCACAGGAGCCAUCACCCUUAGCACCAGGCAAGCAUUACCAAAAUGGUUCUGUUUAUGUGACAUAUGUCAAGCACAAUUUAGCUUUGGAUGUUAACUAUGAUGCCAUAGUUAUCACAGCUGAAGUCAAUUCGUUGAGGUGGUGUCCAGUCAAUCAAGCAUGUGUUGGGGGUCAAGUAGAUAUCGAUAUAGCAACUAAGAUGCCUGGACAAGACCCUGGAGUAUACGUGUACAACAAGUCAUUGCUUAUAACUGGGAAUUACAAACAAGUGUCUAGAAAGAGAAGUACAAACAGCAACAUCAGACUGCCUCCACCUUAUUCUGGAUGUCGUCGAGUAAAUGGCCUCAGACUAUCAGCUAAUCUAGAGAUACCUUCGGUUGGGCAGACAUUCAAUAUCAUUGUGGAUCUUGGUAACUCCACCGUGCCACAGAACAGUGCGGUUGUAUUAAUGGAACCCAUUUUUUACACAUCAAAAUCAUUUGGAAUCGUCAAAGUGUUUCAGGGAUCUUUGAAUAUUAGUGUUACUGAGGCAGAAUAUCUCCCUUACUUACAAAACACGACCAUCUUUAGGUUCAAGGCCGGCGUGUACAACUCAUCUGGCCAAUUUGUGUUUCAUGAUGCUCUUCUUCUUCGUUUGGUGUAUGAUAGUUUGAGCAUAGAAGUAACACGAGGAACCAGUAAUGAUUCAGUUGAUUUCUUGGUAACUGUUAGCUACAACAAUCCAUUAUCAAUUCCUCUUACGGAUGUUCUACUGUCAGUCUUUGCGCCCAGUUUUAACUGA